AGGGGGAGACGAGAGGAGAGCAGGGGGAGGAUCCAGCGUUGUCUUUCUUUUCACUAACUCUGGAGUUGAGUUUAGAAGAGUCUGAAAUGACUAAUGAGAAAGCAAUGAGCUGUGAGCAGCAGUGAUCCUGGACUAAAGUCUGAAUCCUCAGCCCAGACGGCUUCUUUCCUGCAGUCCGCAGCAGAUUUACAGCUAAACUAUGACCAGGUGAAGAGAGUUUCCCUCUCGUCUGCUCACUCUCCACCAGACAAGAUGGAGGAGGGAUAUGAACUGGACCUCACCUAUGUGACGGAGCGCAUUAUCGCCGUGUCCUUCCCUCAGGACUGCUUCGAGGAGACGUACCUGCGCAACCUGAGGGACGUCACACGCAUGCUCAAGUCCAAACACACAGACAACUAUCUGGUGAUCAACCUGUCAGAGAGAAAGCAGGAGCUCACGAAGAUGAACCCUAAGACUCUGGACACGGGAUGGCCGGACUUCCACGCUCCUCCUCUGGAUAAGAUCUGCACCAUCUGUAAGGCCAUAGAGAACUGGCUGAACGCCGACCCGCUGCACGUGGUGGUCAUUCACUGCAGGGGCGGGAAGGGCAGGAUCGGAGUGGUCAUCUCCUCCUUUGUUCAUUUCACAGACGUCUCUGCCAGUGCGGAUCAGGCUUUAGAUCGCUUCGCCAUGAGGAAGUUCUAUGAUGACAAGGUGUCCGCGUUGAUGACGCCGUCUCAGAAAAGGUACGUGUGGAUCCUCAACAGUCUCCUCAGCGGCUCCAUCAAGAUGAACACGUCUCCUCUCUUCCUCCACUGCAUCAUCAUUCAUGGCGUCCCUCACUUUGACCCUGCAGGAGUGUGUCAGCCGUAUCUGAAGGUGUAUCAGGGGAUGCAGGUGGUCUACGUCUCAGGAGUCUAUCACAUCGGAGCCGCUCACAGAGACAGGAUCUGUAUCGCCCUCGAACCAGCACAGCUACUGAAGGGAGAUAUUAUGGUGAAAUGCUUCCAUAAAAGCAGCCUGUCUGAGCGAGACGAUAUAUUCAGAGUUCAGUUUCACACGGGUGCCGUUCAGGCCUACAACCUCGUGUUUCAGAAAGACGACAUGGAGCACGCUAACAAAGAUGCCAGAUUUCCAGAUUAUGGGAAAGUGGAGUUGGUGUUCUCUGAUGGGCCAGAAAGAAUUUCAGGUUCAGAGCGCUGGCAGAACGGUCCAGAUGUAACAGUCGACUACAUGAGCACAGAUUCACUCUCUAAAUGGAACUCCUACCAGAACAUCUGCAGCGCAGAAGCGGCUCCUCUCACUCCUCCUGCUCUCCUGCUGGACCGAUGCUUGGUGAGGAGGAGCGCCACACUCUCCAGAGCCCAGCAGAGCACCUCCUCCAGCCCUGACCACACGCUCUCGGCCAGCACCGACUCGGGCCUGUCCAGUGCCUCGCUGCGCACCGACAGCUGGCACAAAACCCUGCAGCCCAGCCAGCAGGAGCGCGUGGAGCUCAAGCGGCUGCUCAGCGGCUUCGGCCUGGACGAGACGAGCCGAGGCUGCGCUGCGACGGAGCCGUCCGUGAGCCCUGCGCCGGUCCACCUGAACGGACGCCUGCGGCCAAAAGAGCGUGAGACCGACAUCCUGGAUGAUGAAGUGCUGACCUCACGGCACGACCUGUACAGCGUGGACAGUCUGGGCACGCUCUCCUCGUCCUGUCACAAGAGCAGCCAGAACUCGCUGCUGUCCGACGGCUUCGGGAGCCCCAGCCGCGCAGACGAGCCUCAGACGCACGCGGCGGCCGUGGACGAGUUCGAGCGCAGAGCCGGCUUCGCUCAGAGGAGCGCCUCGCUGCCCGUCAGCUCUCCCAGACAUGUGUUCCAGAACACCGGAUACUCCACGCAGACCUGGGUCCAUCAGCAGCAGCUGGUCGCCGCUCAGCAGUACCUGUACCUGCCGGAGGAGGACGCCGCAGAGGAGCGCUUCCACAGACACAUGCAGGAGCUGCUGCCUAAAGCCACCGUGCAGAACAGCUGUCCAUCGAGCCCCGUGAUCUCUCAAAGCCACGACACGGACAAGAAACACGACGAGGAGUUCAGCUCUCUGACGCUGGACAUCGAUAACUCCAUCCAUCAGCUCAACCAGCUCAUCCUGGACCUGGAUCCCACCUUCGUGCCCAUUUCCACCAAACCCAGCUCGUUCAGCCGAGCCGGCGGAGCAGACAGUAACGGACGCCCGCAGACAGACGCCACUCAUCAGAGGGAGAACAGAUUCAUAAUGAGCCCAAAGACAGACCUCUCUGGAGCACGAGGAGAGACACACUGGACACUGAACCUGAGUGCUACAGAUGGAAACACACUGACCACUGCUGCACCGCACACACAGCAUGCAGCGGUGUUCAGAGCAGACGGUGUGCAGUACUCCUCUCACAGUUCACUGGACACAGGCAGUGAUGUGAUGCCCUCAACACCAGCCUUCCCCAUCUCACCACCCACCCCAUACGUGAAGAGCAUGAUGGGUUAUUCCCCGUUCAGACAGGCUCCGUCUCCUUCAUUUGGAUCUUGUAGAGCUGAACACGAAAUGAGAGAGAAUGCAGGAUUCAUGGGAGCUUCAGAUGAGGGUUUCCAGCCUCACAGACCGUACGUCGCUGGAGUCACGGCCUUCUCUGACCGGUCUGCAGACUGUGUGAGCUUCGCCCCGUCCUCUGUCCCGUCUCUGCCCGCUCCGAACGCCCACAGCUCUCCUCUCAGCGGCCCGAGAGCCCGAGUCCUGCAGCAGACCUUUGAAGAGAAGUUCAGCCUCGGCCCGGCGCUGGAGGGACUGGAUUACCAGCAGAACGUCCUGCUGGCGUCAGACAGCGAGCACUCGCAGGGUUCGGCGUCUCCCAGCGGUUUCUCCAGUCCUCACAGCGGGAGCUCGCUCAGCAUCCCCUUCCCCAGCGUCCUGCCGGAGCUGCAGAGCCGAGCGAACCCCGCCGCAUCAGACCUGCUGUCCAGCAAACAGCUGACGGUCAAGUUUGUCCAGGACACCUCGAAAUACUGGUACAAGCCAGACAUCGCACGGGACCAAGCUAUCGCCAUGCUGAAGGACAAAGAGCCCGGCUCGUUCAUUGUCCGGGACAGUCACUCCUUCAGAGGCGCGUAUGGACUGGCCAUGAAAGUGACCACACCGCCGGCAUCAGCACUGCAGAGCAGGAGAGGAGUGGAUCUGUCCAGUGAGCUGGUGAGGCACUUCCUGAUCGAGUGCUCGCCGCGGGGCGUCCGGCUCAAGGGAUGCCCUAACGAACCCUACUUUGGCAGUCUGAGCGCUCUGGUCUGUCAGCACUCCAUCACUCCUCUGGCUCUUCCCUGUAAACUCAUCAUUCCUGACAGAGAUCCUCUAGAGGACGCUGUCAGCGCAUCCUCACAGUCCAUCACCAACUCUGCAGCUGAGCUCCUCAAACAGGGAGCAGCCUGUAACGUGUGGUUCCUGGGUUCGGUGGAGAUGGAGUCUCUGACGGGGUUUCAGGCGGUGCAGAAGGCCACCACUGAGGUCCUGAGCAUCCACUCGCUCCCGUCCUCCACCGUAGUGCACUUCAAAGUGUCCUCGCAGGGAAUCACGCUCACCGACAACCAGAGAAAACUGUUCUUCAGAAGACACUACGCCGCCAGCACAGUCAUAUUCUGUGCUCUGGACCCGCAGGACAGGAAAUGGAAACGAGACGGCUGCAGCUCAGCCAAGAUCUUCGGGUUUGUGGCGAGGAAAGCGGGCAGCGGUUUGGAGAACGUGUGUCACGUGUUCGCGGAGCACGACCCCGAGCAGCCCGCCAGCGCCAUCGUCAACUUCGUCUCCAAAGUCAUGAUCGGCUCUCAGAAGAUGUGAUGAACGAGGAGUCCACAGAGAGACGAGGGCCUGCUGACACACCUUCUGAAAACCAGCAUGUACAGUGUUUGUAUAUUUAUGCAUUGAAAGUGUAAGUAUGGUUUACGGACUCAAAAGGAACUAUUCUUAUUGGAAAUAAAUCUCAGCAUCCGUGUGUACGAACAGUAGUGCUUUUUUAAAUUAUUUUUAGUACUUCAUGUGUAAUGUAUCCUACUACUGAUGACAUAAACCCAAAAACGUCUUUAUAAUGUCAUUGCAUUUUAGAUAUCUAUAUAUUUAGUAUUUUUUUAUUUUUUACUUGCAAAUUUCUAUUCAUUUUCUACCGAAAAAAAAACUGUAUACUUCAUUUAUAAAUAUAAAAGUUCUGCAUGUAAAAUAGUUUGAGAUGUCUCAGUUUCUCGUGUUUGAUGUUCAGAAUCAGAGAUCACAGCCCGAGUGCAGACGAGGGAAUAUCUGUGAUUUGAGGAUUUUGUGUAUCUCAUCUCUUCUUCUUCAUGUCAUGAUGCUGUUUUUAUAUAAAGUGAUGACAGUAGUUGUGAAGGAGAGGCUGUCAUGUGUAGAACAGGAAUAUCUGUAUUAAGGGUGUUCGGAGAAUCUGAAUAAAUUUGUGUUGUUCUGUGGACCGCUGGACUCUCAUAAACCCGUCUGAACAGAACUGAGCCAGCCAGCGUUAUAACACACAGAUGUACUGACUACAUUCACACACAUUACUGCUGAGGGCUCUGCUUAUUUAUACUUGAUCUAGUUAAAGUCACUGGUGAUUUUCAGAAGCUGAGAUGAACCGCACACACACACACACACACACACAGUCUCUGAAUAUCGAACAGAAACGAGGAAGACUCUUGUGUUUUUUAGUUAGUGGUGUUGAAUGUCUGUUCAUGUACUUCAUCUGAUUCCAUCAGUGGCAGAAUCUGAGAAAUAAAGAGUACAGACAGA